GUAUGGCUUGGUCAUUCUGCGGCGAGUACAACACAACGAAAGCCUAUAGUGUGGCUAACGGCGUGCUGAACAACAGCUGUUUUGUGGAUGCGCUCAAUCUUGUUCCCCAUGUCUUCCUGCUCUUCAUCACCUUCCCCAUCCUCUUCAUUGGUUGGGGCAGUCAAAGCUCCAAGGUGCAGAUCCACCACAACACAUGGCUCCAUUUUCCCGGCCACAACCUGAGGUGGAUACUCACCUUCUCACUGCUCUUCGUCCAUGUGUGCGAGUUCGCUGAAGGCCUCGUCUCCAACAACAUGAUGCAGACCAACCACCUCCACCUCUUCAUGCCAGCCUUCAUGGGCUUCAUAGCAGCCACCACGUCAGUGGUUUACUACCACAACAUCGAGACGUCCAACUUCCCCAAGUUACUGCUCGCCUUGUUCAUCUACUGGGUGUUGGCCUUCAUCACUAAAUCCAUCAAGUUGUGGAAGUUUGCCCAGCACAGCAUUGGACCGCAGCAGCUGCGGUUCUGUAUCACGGCCUUGCUAGUGGUUCUGUAUGGACUGCUGAUGGCUGUGGAGAUCAACGUCAUCAGGGUCAGGAAGUAUGUGUUCUUUGCCAAUCCCCAAAAAGUAAAGCCACCAGAGGAUCUCCAGGAUUUAGGGGUUCGAUUCCUGCAGCCAUUUGUCAAUCUGCUGUCCAAGGCUACAUACUGGUGGAUGAAUCCCCUCAUCAUCGGAGCCCACCAGAGGCCAAUAGAGCUGAAGAAGAUUGGCAAACUGCCUAUUGCCAUGAGAGCCCUCACCAACUACCUCCGCCUUAAAGACGCAUAUGAGGAGCAGAGGACGCCGGAGGACCCAGAUCGAGCCCCCUCCAUGUGGCGCUCCAUGUACCGAGCGUUCGGCCGCCCAAUCCUUCUCAGCAGCACCUUCCGCUACCUGGCUGACCUGCUGGGCUUUGCCGGGCCGCUCUGCAUCUCCGGCAUAGUCAAACACCUGGAUACCAAAAGCGACGCCGCCAAGCCUGACAAAGUCGAUCACCACUAUGUGGAUUUGUACUUCAUGUCGUCGACUGAGCUGCUCCAGAACACUUCAGUCCUGGCUGUCCUUCUCUUCCUGGCUUUGGUCCUGCAGAGGACCUUCCUGCAGGCCUCCUACUACGUCACCAUUGAGACGGGCAUCAACCUGCGGGGAGCCCUACUGGCAAUGAUUUACAACAAGAUCCUCCGGCUUUCCACCUCUAACAUGUCCAUGGGGGAGAUGACUCUGGGGCAGAUCAACAACCUGGUAGCCAUUGAAACCAACCAGCUGAUGUGGUUCCUCUUUCUCUGUCCCAACCUUUGGGCCAUGCCCGUACAGAUUGUGAUGGGGGUAAUCCUGCUGUACUAUCUGUUGGGCUGCAGUGCUUUGGUAGGGGCUUCAGUGAUCGUUCUGCUGGCACCAAUUCAGUACCUCAUAGCCACCAAGCUGGCGGACGCCCAGAAGAGCACGCUGGACUACUCCACAGACCGCCUGAAGAAGACCACAGAGAUCCUGAAAGGCAUUAAGCUGCUGAAGCUGUAUGCCUGGGAGAACAUCUUCUGUGACAGCGUGGAGGAGACCCGAGGCAAAGAGCUGACCAGUCUCAAGACCUUUGCUCUCUACACCUCGCUGUCCAUCUUCAUGAAUGCUGCCAUCCCAAUCGCCGCUGUGCUUGCGACAUUUGUGACUCAUCACUUCCUGGACAGGACUGGCCCCAGUCCCUCUGAGGCCUUCGCUGCCCUGGCCCUCUUCCACAUCCUGGUCACCCCCCUCUUUCUGCUCUCCACCGUAGUCCGCUUCGCUGUCAAGGCUCUGAUCAGUGUUCAGAAGCUGGGAGAGUUUCUCCAGAGUGAUGAGAUCGGAGAUGACAGCUGGAGAAACGGAGACAUAUCUGUCUCGCUGGAGACGUGUAAGAAACAUCCGGGACCGACCAAGGCCAUUAACAGGAAGCAACCCAUGAGGUACCAUCUGGACAACUAUGAGCAGCCAACCAGGCGACAGAUGAGACCCACUGAGACAGAGGACGUGGCUGUCAAGGUGAGCAAUGGAUUCUUCACCUGGGGUAGUAACCUGUCCACGCUAACUGACAUCAACAUCCGCAUCCCUACAGGUCAGCUGACAAUGAUUGUGGGCCAGGUGGGUUGUGGGAAAUCUUCCCUACUGCUGGCCAUGCUGGGUGAGAUGCAGACCAUCAACGGCAAAGUCUACUGGAGCAACAAAAACAGGUACUCUGUAGCUUAUGCUACCCAGAAGUCUUGGCUGCUUAAUGCUACGGUGGAGGAUAACAUCACCUUUGGCAGCCCCUUCGGUAAACAGAGAUACAAGGCAGUGAUUGACGCCUGUUCUCUGCAGCCAGAUAUUGAUCUGCUGCCCUUUGGAGACCAGACUGAGAUCGGGGAGAGGGGCAUCAACCUGAGCGGAGGUCAAAGACAGAGAAUCUGUGUGGCCAGAGCUCUCUACCAGAACACCAACAUUGUCUUCUUAGAUGACCCGUUCUCGGCUUUGGACAUCCAUCUUAGUGAUCACCUUAUGCAAGAGGGAAUCCUCAAGUUCCUACAGGAUGACAAACGCACUGUUGUGCUGGUUACCCAUAAGCUACAGUACCUGAUACAUGCUGACUGGAUCAUAGCCAUGAAGGAUGGCUCUGUGCUGCGAGAGGGGACUCUGAAAGACAUUCAGACUCAUGACGUGGAGCUCUACGAACACUGGAAGACCCUGAUGAACAGACAGGACCAGGAGCUGGAGAAGGACACAGAGCUGGACAGCCAGACGGCGUUGGAAAGAAAGACACUAAGGAGAGCUUUCUAUUCCAGAGAGGCCAAGAAUCAGAUAGACGACGAAGACGAAGAGGAAGAAGAGGAAGAGGAGGAAGAUGAUGACUUGUCCACCACCACUAAUAGACGAUCUAAGAUUCCAUGGAAGGUGUGCUGGCGUUACCUGUCUUCGGGUGGCUUCUUCAUGGUCUUCCUCAUGGUUUCCUCUAAACUCCUCAAACAUUCCGUCAUGGUGGCCAUCGAUUUCUGGUUAGCUCUGUGGACCUCCUCCAAAACCAAUCAGAAUAUGGGGGCAGGAACAGGGAUAUCUACUGCAAGUGGAAUAGGGGACAGCAUCGCCAACAACAUUACAGCACCUCCAGAUGUCGAGCACGACUCUUACUAUCUGCCAGUGUUUAUCACCUUGUGUGGGGCUGGAAUCACCCUAUGCCUCAUCACCUCUCUCACUGUGGAAUUCUUGGGUCUGUCCGCUGCCACCAACCUCCACCACAACCUCCUCAACAAGAUCAUCCACGCUCCCAUCAGGUUUUUUGAUAUCACUCCCCUGGGUCAGAUUCUCAACAGAUUCUCAGCUGAUACUAACAUCAUAGACCAGCACAUCCCUCCAACGUUGGAGUCGUUGACCCGCUCCACAUUGCUUUGUCUGUCAGCCAUAGGGGUCAUAGCAUCCAUCACUCCUGUCUUCCUGAUUGCCCUCAUCCCCCAAGCUGUGGCUUUCUACUUCAUCCAGAAGUACUUUCGGGUUGCUUCCAAAGACCUCCAGGAUCUUGAUGACUCUACUCAGCUUCCUCUACUCUGCCACUUCUCUGAGACUGCGGAGGGCCUCACCACCAUCAGGGCAUUCAGACAUGAGGCUCGUUUUAAACAGCGUAUGCUGGAGCUGACUGACACCAACAACACAGCGUACCUGUUUCUGUCUGCUGCCAACCGCUGGCUGGAGGUCCGAACGGACUACUUAGGGGCGGUGAUAGUGCUGACAGCAGCUGUAGCCUCCAUAUGGAGCUCACGCUAUGGCUUCCGAGCUGAAGGCCUCGUGGGCUUAGGGCUCACCUACGCCCUUACUGUGACCAACUACCUGAACUGGGUUGUGAGGAACCUAGCAGACCUGGAGGUUCAGAUGGCAGCUGUGAAGAAAGUCAACAGCUUCCUCAGCACAGAGUCCGAGAACUAUGACGGAUCUAUGGAUGCCUCUCAGGUGCCCGAGGACUGGCCGCAGCACGGCGAAAUAAAAAUCCAAGACCUGUGUGUGCGCUAUGACCCGAUGCUCAAGCCGGUGCUGAAGCAUGUCAAUGCUUACAUCACUCCGGGACAGAAGGUGGGCAUCUGUGGUCGUACGGGCAGUGGGAAGUCAUCUCUAUCCCUGGCCUUCUUCAACAUGGUGGACAUGUUUGAAGGAAAGAUCAUCAUCGAUGGGAUUGAUAUCUGUAAGAUGCCUCUCCAAACACUAAGGUCCCGGCUAGCCAUCAUCCUGCAAGACCCUGUGCUCUUCAGUGGAUCCAUAAGGUCUAACUUGGACCCAGAGAGGACGUGCACGGAUGACAGACUUUGGGAGGCGUUGGAAAUAGCUCAGCUGAAGAACAUGGUGAAGGCCCUGCCAGGAGGACUAGAUGCGGUGGUGACAGAAGGUGGGGAGAACUUCAGCGUGGGCCAGCGGCAGCUCUUCUGCUUGGCCAGAGCCUUUGUCAGAAAGAGCAGCAUCCUCAUCAUGGACGAGGCCACAGCGUCGAUAGACAUGGCCACGGAGAACAUCCUACAGAAGGUGGUGAUGACUGCGUUUGCAGACCGAACAGUUGUAACCAUUGCACAUCGUGUCCACACCAUCCUUACGGCUGAUCUUGUCAUCGUGAUGAAGCGUGGGAACAUUCUAGAAUACGACAAACCUGAGACCCUUCUGGAGCAAGAGGACAGUAUAUUCUCUUCAUUUGUCAGGGCUGACAUGUAAAUCAAGUCCAUUAUCAGUCAACCCGCCAGUCAGCCGAGACGUUCUUCACUCUGUCAGCUCGCUUUUCUCCAGGUCUGUAAAAGCUGACCUUCUCCAGGGAAACCCACACCGAUUACAUUGAUUUACAUUGGAAGGCCCACUCCAUCCUUCCUACUGCAAUGGAAACACACGUCCAGACACACCAUCAGCUUAUCAAUUUAUCAGUGGAUCAUUAAGUCAGUGACUUAAUCAUUAUCAGUCAGUCAUUCAAUAAUUGACUGAUUGAUCGGUCAGUUGUUUACUUUCUAUGUUCAAGCUUAGAUUUUGCCUCACAGACCAGCAGACCUGUAGAUGCGCCAUCAAAUCUCGGGACGGCUUUAGCGCACAACGUGGUGUAGCAAUAAUGUCAACCUUAAAAUGAACCAGUCAGUAAAUGAGUCAUGAGUUUUGUAUGGACACCUAAUUAGGAUAUUAAACUGAUGCAGGAAUCAAGAGCCACUUGCAAAGAGCACAAGAAGAAAGGGUUUAAUUCUUGUUUACCAACCUUAUAAGAAACUAGCAGAGACAACAAUCUUCAUUGCCAGAAGAAGGGAAGCUGGAAUUAUUUCUGUCUCUAUAGAAUGCAUGUGUGGUAAAAAAAAUAUGCAGGGUAAAUGAUCAGUAAGCCAUGCAACUCCUCCUGCGAAUACCAUGCAGGGAUGUUUUCUACACCCAACUUUGUUCAGCUGUAGAUGAAGCCACAGACUGAAGACACCACAUGGUCAGACAGCAUAGAUUAGUAAAGUGACCGGGUUUGUCUAUGCCUGUGUUACCUUUAACAUCCAUGUGUUGGAAGUGAUGAGAGUUUGAUUUGUCUAAAGCUGGCAGUUUUUCUUGUAAAGCUGGUUGAUAGAUACACCGAUUGAUGAAUUGAUGGAUAUAACAGUAAGAUCCCUUUAAGCAUAUUUUUUGUGAAUCGAAUUGCAUGUCUUAUUUCCUUGUUUGGCUUAUCUGUAAAAAUGUGUCAUAUCGUGUACUAUAUAACAAUUUCAUAACUCUUGAGCGCUUGUUUGAAUGCAGAUGGAGGGAAUGUUGCAGAUCUGGAAGUAAAACUGUUCUUAAAAUUCUUUUUAGUGUGCUGGAUGUUGGCUUUAACCUCGUCUUGUUACUCAAGCCUAGUUUCCCCACAAAAAAGCACUGUUAAAAGGGUUUUAAAUGCUAUCAGUUUACAUCCCAGUCUGGGUUUUUCUACAUUUAAAUACUUUCUGGCAUAGAAAUAGCAUCAGUAGAGCUGCCAUUCCUUUCCUUUGACCUUCAGUGAGAACUGAACACAUGGAAAGGCCCAUUUGGUGCACUGACCCCAACCCGCCAUGGAGACUCAGCUGACAUGAACCGUGUGAGGGGGUCCAAAAGGCUGUCAUGUUUAUACCAGCCUAAACUUUUAUGGUCAGAUCUUGGUGGAAAAUCAGUGGGUAGGACCUGAUCAGAAGCCAUCUUUAAAACUGCCACAGCCAGAUUCUGUAAGAACUGAACAUACAUGUUGAACCAAUGGGCAGCUAGCUGUCUUAGGUGCUCCUGCCCAAAUUGCCAUAUUGGAUUCUGUCUGGGGCGGCACGGUGGCGCAGUGGUUAGUGCAGUCGCCCCACAGCAAGAAGAUCCUGAGUUCGAGCCCCAGGGUAGUCCAACCUUGGGGGUCAUCCUCUGUGUGGAGUUUACAUGUUCUCCCCGUGUCCUCGUGGGUUUCCUCCGGGUGCUCCGGUUUCCUCCCACAGUCCAAAGACAUGCAGGUCAGGUGAAUUGGCCGUACUAAAUUGUCCCUAGGUGUGAAUGUGUCGGCCCUGUGAUGGCCUGGUGGCCUGUCCAGGGUGUCUCCCCGCCUGCUGCCCAGUGACUACUGGGUAUAGGCUCCAGCAUCUCUGCGACCCUGUUAGCAGGAUAAGCAGUUUGGAUAAUGGAUGGUUCUAUCGGCGUUGCUCUAUUCAUUCUAUUUCUAUGCUGACAUUAGUACAAACACUGUAGGGUGUCACGAGUGCGUUAUGAAGCCAGUGAACUCGCUGUCUGUCUGCAGUCAUGCAUUGCUGAAACGAUACUUCGGGACAGUGGACACCAAGUAUGGUCUCUUAUGGAGGAAGGCGUAAUAGCUGUCACAGACUGCCAGUAACUCCUGAAAUGUUGAUAAAGAAGAGAUGAAGAUACAGAUAAAAUACUCAUGAGCUCUAUCACUACCACCAGCAUCCAUCCCACUCCUGAGAGAGGAAUGCUGACCCAGAGUCACAGGUCAAACCCAUCACAUCUAGAACCAGAAAGAAAUAUUAAAAUGGGUCCAGUCAGGUUUUUGCAUUCAUUGUUUAUAAGUGCCAGUGAAUAGAUCACUGCACCUCUUGCAGCAGCAGAGGAACGCUCAUCUUGCAUUUUGAGAUGGUCGUUUUUCAUUUAACAUGUGGGUUUGUUUUCUUAUGUUUUUAAUUCCCAAAUGAAGCAGCGGUGAAAGCUGUUCAACAACCCAUGUGGGUCAACAAGUUUAGCAUGCUAGCUCCUUUUUACAUGUGGGUCAACAAGUUUAGCAUGCUAGCUCCUUUUUACACGGUUUGCCAACACACUGAAUUUAAUAAUGCUGUCUCUCAUGGGGGGAAAAAAAACAUAUUGAGUCAGGAAAAAAAUAGAAUCACGUGGCUCAGUGCACUGUAUGGAGGACAAGGGGUGGUUAUGGGUUUGAUGCUUUGCUUAAAGGCACAAUGACUUUAAAAUCAUUCUAAGUGGCAAUUGCCCCCCUCUCUCUCCCUGUCGCUCUGGGGCUCCGGGGCUAUUUAUUUGGGAAUAAGGGAAUAUGAUAAAGGAAAGGAAAGAGUCUGCUGACAUGCUAUUGCUCUCUCUGAUGAGAGUGGCGCCACUGUCCUGAUGUUAGGUGUUGUACAGGAUACUUCCUUUGCAUAUGAGAGACUUUUACAAUGACUUUGUACUGUAUAAUCGGAAUGCCACAUCAGUUCUCUUCCACCACCUUGCUUCAGUGUAUUACUCCAGCACCAUAGUAACCUUGUUUGUUUGUUUUGAAGAAAAUGUCUCAUCUCAAGGAGCAGUCAUAUCAUCUGGUCAGCUGACUGUCCUUUUUUACCCAUUUUAUUGUCUUGGACAUCAACACUCUUCUCUCAUGCAUGACUACUAUUAUGCAAAAUGUACUUGUCUUUCUCCAAGUCCUUGUCUUCUUAACCUCCUUUUUCUUUUCUUUCUUUUUUUUCCCCUCCCUUUCCCCCCCAAUUGUAUCCGGCCAAUUACCCCACUCUCCCGAGCCGUCCUGGUCGCUGCUCCACCCCCUCUGCUGAUCCGGGGAGGGCUGCAGACUACUGCAUGCCUCCUCUGAUACAUGUGGGGUCGCCAGCCGCUUCUUUUCACCUGGCAGUGAGGAGUUUCACCAGGGGAGACGUAGCACGUGGACGCAUCACGCUAUAUUCUCCCCAGUUCUCCCUCCCCCCCGAACAGGCACCCCGACCAACCAGAGGAGGUGCUGGUGCAGCAGCCAGGACACAUACCCACAUCUGGCUUCCCACCCACGGACACGGCCAGUUGGCUCUGUGCAUAACUGUAGUCCGCUAACUUCCGGUUUCUACUGCAGCGGUCAUACCAAUUUCCUGUUUGUUGUCGUAUGCUAGUCACAAUGGCAUAUUUUUCGCGAUGCCUGCAAGAUUUACGAUGGCUAAAUGUCAACCACAUGCACAGAACUGUGAACAAACUUUCACCUGCACCUACCAGCAAACAGGUGAAAAGUUUCAAGUUAUGAGGAUUAGGAUCCUCAUCCUCAUAAUUCCCCCGUAAUUGUCAAUAGCACACGCCAACAAACAGGAAACUAGAACCGGAAGUCAGUGGACUGCAGUUAUGCACAUGGUCGAUUGUGUCUGUAGGGACGCCCGACCGAGCCGGAGGUAACACGGGGACUCGAUCCGGCUAUCCCCGUGUUGGUAGGCAACAGAAUAGACCGCUACGCUAACCGGGCGCCCUUCACCUCUCUUUCAUCCAUUUUCCACUUGCGUCUCUGUUCUCUGCCGUCGUGCCAGACUCCAUUUCCUCCUGUCUUCUAGUAGCCAUCCUGUUCUUCCAGCUUUUCAUUUCUGUCUUGGCCUGGUUUCACUGCAUAACCCCGCUUACUCUGUGUGUGUGUGUGUGUGUGUGUGCGUGCGUGCGUGCGUGCGUGCGUGGGCAUGUGUAUCACAGCCAAGAUACCACUGUCUUAAUUCUUUCCUUCCUCGUCGCCAGACGUUUACUCCUCACCAAAUUUCUCUGCAUGGUCUGCAUGGUGAACCUGUCCGUUGUCAGAGCAGAAACACAGAGAGAACUGGGCACCUUCCUGGGUGAGCCUCCCAGCCUUGUUUCUCAAACACUAAUCUCUUCAUUAACCACAGACCUGUCUGUCCACCGCUAUUGGUACAUGCCACAGCAGUGCUCUUACUCAGUAAAUGAAGCCAUGUACUCGUAAAAAUAUCACAGCCUCUCUGAACCCUGCAACUAUGUCACAGCUACCCUUUUCUCAUCCUUUGUAGUACAUACUUUUGUAAAUUUGUGUCUGGAAAAAAUGGUGACUUGUCACUCAUGCACAUGGAAAUGUCUUAAGAUGUAAUAAAACAGAUAUAACCAUCUUUCUGAAGCUCAGCAGGUCUCCAUGUGAGGCCACUUUUAACCUCCUCCAUCUUCAACUAUGUGUAAAAGAUAGACGCGGAUGAGAUCUAAGUGUGUAAUUUGUAUUUUUGUAUCGAUGUGGUUUUGUAGCACAUAUUUCGUACGAUUGAAGACGCCUACAGUUUUUUUUUUCUUUGGUCAAACUGUAGAGAAAGAAACAUGACGCCAAUCAGGGCUGUUGUUUAGUAUCGGGGGAUGACUGUCAGGACUACCAAACGGAUGUGUGUGUCGUAUAGCCUCAUCCACACCCACGUCAUGGAUGCUCUGCAGAGACGUGUCACUAACAUUUUAUAUUAUCCUUUCUCCUGCAGAAACUUGUCUUGACUGUACAUUAUGUAUGUACCUAUUAACUUGUGAACAUAUAUAUACAUAUAUACAUAGCAAAGCAUUAAGUGUGCCUACUUUUUUUUACACCGGAAGUGAUAUUAAAAUGGUUUUGAGUGAA